AUGUCUUUCCUUUUCUGUUGUUUACGAGGAGGAAGUGAGGACGGAAGGAGGCAGAACCAACAACGAUUGUCCUCUUCCUCCCAACUCAAACAGGAUGAUGAUAAGGAUCGACCCUUAUUGCAACAUGAACACUUUUCACCUUCCUCAAUGAACCCUCAUGAUGAUCAUACAAACCAUGAACAUUUCCACUCGACGAGGGCUAAAUAUUCUUCCCUUUCUUCUUCAAGGUACAAUUCUUCACAAGAUGUAAACAGAAAAGAAGUACCACAAAACAAGAACCAAGACUCUAUACAUGUAGUUGAUUUGAAGAAUAAUAGAGAUCCGAAUGAGCUACACGUCCAUUCAUCGCUACUCUCGAAUUCUGCAACGGAAAGUUAUUUCCUUGAUGAUUCCGCCUUUGAUCAUCAUAGUCAUUCAUACAGACAUGAUGAUGAGGGGAAGGAAAGCUUGGUGGAUCAAUACGAAAGUACCCCCGAUUUCAAAAUACCAAUGAGAACGCAUGCUGAUUCCGACCGAGAAGAAGAAGAGUACUUUGAUGAUGAACAUUUAAUGAUGAUUGAUCAUGAAACUACCACCACUGGUGUACCUCCUCACAUGAAUAAGGCAUCCAAUUUGACAUCUCAAUAUAAUAUUGGCUCAAAUAGUGAAGAAGACAUGUUUCCCUCUCAUGGUGGUGAUGAUGAUAAAGAGUUGGAAACGGAGGAAAGUUCAAGUCCUCCAGAAGAGACUUUUGAUGAGAGUGAAUACAUUGAUGAUGAUGAUGAAAUAUUCCAACAGUAUUAUGUAUCGGUUGUGGACAAUAUUGAUAUGACCAUUGUCGAAUUAGAAUGUAGAAAUAAUAGAGAACGAGAUGUUAAGAGAAUGAGAAUAAUUAAGGAGCUAAAGAAGACAGAAUUUAAUUAUUUAAAAACAUUGGAAACACUUCAAACCUAUUAUUUAGAUCCCUUGAAAGAUGGAAAGAACAAUAUUGUCUCAAAGGACUUCUUCCAAAAGACUGUCGGAGAGUUGAGUAUCAUUUAUGGAAUUAAUCAAUUGUUUUAUCAAAAGCUAGCAGAAAUGAUAGACAUUCCAGAGGAAGAUGACGAAAAAGCAAUGUAUGAAUAUCUUAUAACUAAAGCUUAUGACAUGGAAGUGAAAUUAGUGAAUGAGAUUGUGAAAUUCAGUCAAGCGUUAAAACUCUACACGGGUUUCAUUACCAAAUACAAGAAUUCUUUGGAUCAAUUGAAUACAGAGCUGGAACGAAAUAAGAGAUUACAACGAUUCAUUAAGGAAGCAUUCAAAUCAAUUCAACUUGCAGGGCUGAAUCCAGCUCCUCCAAGUUCCUAUUUGAUUGCCCCCAUUCAACGAAUACCAAGAUAUCAACUCUUGCUGAAUGAGUUAACCAAAAACUCUGCUCACUAUCCAGAACUGCAUGAAAAGUAUCUUCAAGCUACAGAGUCCAUUGCCAAAGUUGCAGAAUAUUGUAAUGAAAAAGAGAGAGAAGUUCAAAACUUGGCACGAAGUUUCUCCAUCUCUAGGAAAAUUCGAAGUAGAAGCAUCAUUCAACCAUCAAGAAAAUACUUGGAUGAAUGCUCGUUUGAUUUUAAAAAGAAAUCUAGAAAGGGAAGUUUGACUGCCUAUUUAUUUUCUGACGUUUUAGUUAUCACAGAAAAGAGCAUGAUGCAGCAAAAAACAAAGAAAUUAAUAUUUAGCAAGGAAAUGCCAAUAUCUUUGGAGGAUGUUGGGGAGAAUUUGGUUGCAAUUUUACAAGGAAACAACAAGUACUGGUCAUUGAUUAUUGAUCCUACCAGUGCAAAGCAACGACAAUUUAUCUCUCUUCUUAAACAACGAUGUCAACAACAGUAG